CCACGUCGCCCCGUCUUCGCCAUAUUACUCGAAGGAAUGAGCUGGAAAAGUGUUGGAAAGCGGUUCGACCUGAUUUCAGCGAUUCCCUCUGCACAAUAAUAACAACAGAACGAUUCGUUUUCGCUCGGUUUUCAGCAGGAACAGCAACAAAAAGCUACAAUGAAUAUCUUUCGGCUGGCAGGAGACCUGUCUCACCUAGCAGCUAUCAUCAUUCUGCUGCUCAAAAUAUGGAAAACCAGGUCGUGCGCAGGAAUUUCUGGAAAAAGCCAGAUCCUCUUUGCAUUGGUUUUCACAUCACGUUACCUGGAUCUCCUCACCUCCUUUAUUUCCCUCUACAACACAAGCAUGAAGGUCAUCUACAUUGGAUGCGCCUAUGCUACUGUUUACAUGAUCUACAUGAAAUUUAAGGCCACCUAUGAUGGAAACCAUGACACUUUCAGAUUGGAGUUCCUUGUAGUUCCAGUAGGAGGACUGGCCUUUCUGGUCAACCAUGACUUCUCUCCAUUGGAGAUCCUUUGGACCUUCUCCAUCUAUCUUGAGUCGGUGGCCAUUCUCCCUCAGCUCUUCCUAAUUAGUAAGACAGGAGAGGCUGAGACUAUCACCACCCACUAUUUGUUCUGCCUGGGCGUCUACCGUGCUCUCUACCUUUUCAACUGGAUCUGGAGGUUUUACUUUGAGGGCUUCUUUGACAUGAUCGCCAUUGUGGCUGGAGUGGUCCAGACCAUUCUAUAUUGUGAUUUCUUCUACCUUUAUGUGACAAAAGUGUUGAAAGGAAAGAAACUGAGCCUGCCAGCGUAAGUGCCAAAACCCAAAGACCUGUGUCAUCAUUCAGACUUGCGUGGUGGACACGGGCCAGCUUUGCCACAAGAGGCCGAAGACAGAAUGCGCAUGUAAAACUGUUGCUGUUUUUCUAAAAUGUCAUCUGGAUGAAAAUGACAGCGCCAUGAACUGCAAUGGGACUACUCUUGGAUCUGGCAACUGAUUUUUUUUUGUUUGUUUUCAGCAUCUUGCAAUACUUUUUAGUGCUGUUAAAAAAAUUAUAUGUAAAGAAAAAGAAACCCUUUUCUAUUUGAGGUGUUUUACAGGAUCAAGCUCCAACUGGUAAAUAUUGGCUUCAUUAAAAAAAAAAUACCCAUCACAUUUUGCAUAAUACAUGUACUAAAAUUCAUUUGCUGUCAUGAUGAUUUCUUAAAGUUAUGAUUCAGAUAAAGUUUCAUCUUGAAAUUGACAUGUCUUGUACUAUAAAUAUUGCUUAAAAUCACACAGUUUUAUUGGGUUUAAGUAAAGUGACAUUUUGAUAGUUUCAACUUUGACAUUUCAGGGUUUUUCUUAAACGUACACAAAAGCCUUAUGUUUAUUUUUGCUACAUUAUAUUCGGUACAGUAGCAGAUAUUUGGCCUUGUAAAUGUACAUGUAAAAAGUGGUAUUUUGUACUGCCAAUUUAUUCAGCACUGAGUUUUUUAUUGUUGAUCUAUCAGCUCCACCAGACUACAGGAUUUGUAUCUAAGGUUGUACUGAUUCAGUAACCGAACUGUAAUAACUACAAUAGGAAUAUUGACAUCAGUAUUCUACAAUACUAGUUGUUCACAUGCAGUAAUUUAUACAAACGCCUGUUGUCAUUUCAUUUGGUCUGAACAUCGCCUGAAGCGUUUAAUCACUUUAUACAUUUAAUGUUAAUUUUGGAUUUCAGUUCUGUAUUAAACAUCCUAGAUUCCCCGCUCACUUAAAUCAUUCCAUUAGGAUUUCCAUUGUUAUUUGAACUUUUUACUUUGCCACCUCCAAUAAAAAAUACAGACCAUU